GAGCAUGAAGAUCCGGAUCAACGCCACCGGUGACACCAUCGUGAUGAAGUUUGUGCGUCCGAGUCCUGACGUGAAACUGGAAGGUUUCAUUCUGGGAUAUGGAAGCAGCUUGUUCUCCAGACAGCUGAUCCAGCUGCCUGCUGACGGACAGCCCUACGAGACGGAGCUGGAUGCUGAACCUAAAUACCUGGUGGCCGUCCAACCGAUUCCAGCCAACGAUGUCAAGAAGCACUGCACAGGGAAGGUGAACCUGGAGAAGCCGCUCCACCUUGUCGUCGGCUCCGUCGGCCCCUCGGCCGUCCUCUUGUCUUGGGGAAACUACCUGAAGACGCCGUACGAGGGGGACGUCAUGAACGAGUGUCUGGAGGACGGGUGA